GUACGACAUGACCUUGCCAGAAAAGUUUUUGAUUGCUGCAGUAUUAUGAUGAAGAAUGACUAUAAAGUGACAAUUUAUCUGCUUCCACACAUCCUUGUCUAUGUUUUGUUGGGAUGCAGUCAAGAGGAUCAACAAGAGGUUUAUGUGGAGAUUAUGGCUGUUCUGAAACACGAUGACCAGUCUACCAGGAGACUUGAAGACAGCGCAUCAGAUCUAAGUCAGCUGAGCACACAGACUGUGUUCUCCAUGCUUGAUCAUCUAACUCAGUGGGCUAGACAUAAGUUUCAGAUACUUAUUGCUGAGAAAAAUAAUAGCAAGUCUAGCAGAGACAGAGGUGAUUUAAAAACAUCAAGUGAAGACUAUGGAGAGUAUCAAAAUGUGACACGUUUUCUAGACCUCAUACCUCAGGAUGCACUAGCUGUGGCUUCCUUUCGCUCUAAGGCGUACACAAGGGCUGUGAUGCACUUUGAAUCAUUCAUCACAGAGAAGAAACAAAAUAUUCAGGAACAUCUUGGAUUUCUUCAGAAACUGUAUGCUGCUAUGCAUGAACCAGAUGGAGUAGCUGGGGUAAGCGCAAUUCGGAAAGCAGAACCAUCUCUCAAAGAGCAAAUCCUUGAACAUGAAAGUAUUGGCUUGUUAAGAGAUGCAACAGCCUGUUAUGACAGAGCUAUCCAGCUAGAACCUGAUCAGAUUAUUCAUUAUCAUGGUGUAGUGAAAUCCAUGUUAGGCCUUGGUCAGUUAUCUACUGUAAUUACUCAGGUCAAUGGAGUGCUUGCAAACAGGUCUGAAUGGAUUUCUGAAUUGAACACUUACAGAGUGGAAGCAGCCUGGAAACUGUCACAAUGGGAUUUACUGGAAAAUUAUUUGGCUUCGGAUGUGAAGUCCACUACAUGGAGUGUCAGACUAGGACAUUUGUUGUUAUCAGCCAAGAAGAAAAAUGAAGCAGCUUUUUAUGAAACACUCAAGGUUGUUCGAGCAGAACAGAUUGUACCCCUUUCAGCAGCAAGUUUUGAAAGAGGAUCCUAUCAGCGAGGAUAUGAACACAUUAUCAGGCUGCAUAUGCUGUGUGAAUUGGAACAUAGUAUUGGACCAAUGUUUCAGCAACUACAUGAUGACCAUGGUAGAGAUUCCCUGAAUUGGUGUGCUCGUAUUGAAAUGACUCAAAACUCUUACAGAGCCAAAGAACCCAUUCUAGCCCUGAGAAGGGCUUUGCUUAGUCUCAGUAAAAGCCAGGAUUACAGUGAGCUUGUUGGUCAGUGUUGGCUCCAGAGUGCUAGAGUUGCGAGAAAAGCUGGUCAUCACCAGACUGCUUAUAACGCUCUUCUGAAUGCUGGGGAAUCUACGCUCUCAGAACUUUACAUAGAAAGAGCAAAGUGGCUCUGGUCCAAGGGUGAGGUUCAUCAAGCACUCAUUGUUCUACAGAAGGGAGUUGAGUUAUGUUUCUCUGAAAAUAAAGCACAGUGCAAUAGCAAAAAUCAGCUCAUCCAUGGUCAGGCAAUGCUGCUAGUGGGCAGAUUUAUGGAAGAAACUGCUAACUUUGAAAGCAAUGCGGUUAUGAAAAAGUAUAAGGAUGUUACGAUUUUCUUGCCAGAAUGGGAAGAUGGACAUUUUUAUCUUGCUAAAUACUAUGAUAAAUUAAUGCCAAUGGUAACUGACAACAAGAUGGAAAAACAAGGAGAUCUGAUUAGAUACAUAGUUCAUCAUUUUGGGAGGUCUCUACAGUAUGGAAACCAGUUCAUCUAUCAGUCAAUGCCAAGAAUGCUCUCUUUGUGGCUGGACUUUGGAGCGAAGGCCUAUGAAUGUGAUAAAGCUAGUCGUUCAGAACGUGUUCAAAUGAAAAAUGAUUUAGCUAAAAUAAAUAAAGUGAUUACAGAGCACGCAAAUCAUUUGGCACCUUACCAGUUUCUGACAGCUUUUUCUCAGUUAAUCUCCCGAAUCUGCCAUUCUCAUGAUGAAGUCUUUGCAGUUCUGAUGGUGAUUGUUGCUAAAGUGUUUUUAGCCUAUCCACAGCAAGCAAUGUGGAUGAUGACUGCUGUGUCGAAGUCCUCUUACCCUAUGCGUGUCAACAGAUGUAAGGAAAUUCUAAACAAAGCUAUUCACAUGAAGGAAUCGUUAGGAAAAUUUAUUGGAGAUGCAACGCGUCUAACAGAUAAGCUGUUAGAACUAUGCAACAAACCGGUUGAUGGAAACAACUCAACAUUAAGCAUGAAUAUUCAUUUCAAAACACUUAAGAGAUUAGUAGAAGAGUACACAUUUAGUGAAAUUCUCAUCCCCUUACAAUCUGUAAUGAUACCAACUCUUCCUUCAAUUCCUGGUACACAUGCUAGCCAUGACCCUUUUCCUGGAUGCUGGGCCUACAUUGCUGGCUUUGAUGAUACGGUUGAAAUUCUUGCCUCACUUCAAAAGCCAAAAAAGAUCACCUUAAAAGGUUCAGAUGGGAAAUGUUACAUUAUGAUGUGUAAACCAAAAGAUGAUCUAAGAAAAGACUGUCGGCUCAUGGAAUUCAACUCCCUUAUUAAUAAGUGCUUAAGAAAAGAUGCAGAGUCACGUAGGCGAGAACUCCAUAUUCGAACCUAUGCAGUUAUUCCGUUAAAUGAUGAAUGUGGCAUAAUUGAAUGGGUGAACAAUACUGCUGGCUUAAGAAAUAUCCUGAUAAAGCUUUACAAGGAGAAAGGUAUCUAUAUGACUGGAAAAGAAUUGCGUCAGCAUAUGCUUCCAAAGUCAGCACCUUUGUCUGAAAAGCUGAAGAUGUUCAAAGAAGUCCUUCUGCCUCGUCAUCCUCCUCUCUUUCAUGAAUGGUUCCUUAGAACAUUUCCUGAUCCUACUUCAUGGUAUAAUAGCAGGUCGGCCUAUUGUCGCUCUGUUGCAGUUAUGUCAAUGGUAGGUUACAUACUUGGUCUAGGAGACCGUCAUGGUGAAAACAUCCUAUUUGAUUCUUUGACUGGUGAAUGUGUGCAUGUGGAUUUCAACUGCCUUUUCAAUAAGGGAGAAACUUUCGAAGUUCCGGAAAUCGUUCCUUUUCGUCUCACUCACAACAUGGUUAACGGAAUGGGUCCAAUGGGAACAGAAGGUCUCUUCCGAAGAGCUUGUGAAGUCACAAUGAGGCUUAUGCGUGAUCAAAGGGAGCCUCUAAUGAGUGUCUUAAAGACUUUUCUCCAUGAUCCUCUUGUGGAAUGGAGUAAACCUGUUAAAGGGAAUACAAAAGCACAGGUGAACGAAACUGGAGAAGUUGUCAAUGAAAAGGCCAAAACCCAUGUCCUUGACAUAGAACAACGGCUGCAAGGUGUCAUUAAGACUAGAAACAGAAUAAAAGGAUUACCCUUAUCUAUUGAAGGGCAUGUUCACUACCUUAUUCAAGAAGCAAGUGAUGACAACCUGCUCUGCCAGAUGUAUAUGGGCUGGGCUCCAUAUAUGUGAAAUUUGUUCACUUUCGAACAUCUUUUAAAAGAGAUGUAGCUAUAAUAUUCUUGAGAAGGUACUCAUCAGUGAUAAUUGGUUACUUCUGUAGAUUUCUGACUGUACCCAGCAGAACAGUCUUAAAAUCAAUCUGAAAUACGUGUAGAGUAUACAAUGCAUUUGCAGAUGUG